UGUGUUUACUUGCGGUAAAAUGUCUAAAAUGAUUUCAAAAUAAACAGCUCGAGCUAUCAGCCUAUCAUUAUGGAAGAUAUGUGUUGGAAUGAAAUAUACUAGUAUAAAUUGGAACGAUACUAAAUAAGGAUAUUUUAGAGAUGAGCUGGUCAGCUGGAUUACAAAGAUUUGUAUGAUUAGGACGAUGCUUUUCCAGCUGAAAUGAACAUUUGAAGUGAAAUUCAAGGUCGAUUGGAAGGGAACCAUUUUGUUUGCAACUUUACAACUAAAUCCAUCCAGUGUCACAAUGAGAUCAGUGACACCUUCAAAUCAUCCGGCGGGUUAUUCGGGCUGGCUUCAGGUUGGGGCAUUCGCAUUCGAAUGGACUUUGGCACCCAUAACAAAUGCACGUGGAUUUGUUUACGAUCGGCGAGUAAGGAACUAUUCACAGGGUCACGGAAUACAAAGCCUGUUGACACUUGUAAAAGAAGGCUGAAUUUAUCAUUUGUGGUUGGAGAUCAUGGCUGCUCAGAGAGACUGCUAUGGUUUUCCGAAAGAGAUCGGCCUUUAUUCACCAGAAUUUGAAAAAUCCUCCUGUGGAGUCGGGUUUAUAGUGAACAUCAAUGGCCUAAAGAAUAAUGAGAUCAUUCAAGAAUCCCUGGUUAUUCUAAAUCACAUGAGCCAUCGCGGUGGUUGUGGGUGCGACCAGUUCAGUGGUGAUGGGACAGGAAUUAUGACAGCGAUACCUCAUGAACUUUAUCUCAAGAUUCUCAGAGAUGAAGGAUUGGACAUAACCCUCCCAGAACCAGGGGAAUAUGCCACUGGAUUGUUUUUCAUUCAAAAUGAUGAUCAGCAGAUCUCCGUCUGUAAGGAACAUUUUGAAAGACUAGCGGACGAAUGUGCGAUCAAGGUUUUGGGAUGGCGCGAAGUUGCAGUAAAUUGGAAAGUUCCUGGCCCAUACUCGCAUCUAAAGAAACCAGCAAUUGAACAAGUAUUUGUCACCAGCAACCAUGACACAGAAACGUUUAGGAAACAGGUUUUUUUAUUACGAAAGAUGGCAAGCAGUCAUAUUCCAACAGUUUGCGAGCGAUUUUAUAUCUGCAGUUUGUCCACGGAGACCAUUGUUUACAAGGGAAUGUUAAACGUCCAACAAUUAGCUGAGUUCUAUCUGGAUAUUGGACAGAAAGAGUUCAAGAGCCAUUUUGCUAUUGUCCACAACAGAUUUUCAACAAACACAUUUCCUAGUUGGGAGAGAGCCCAUCCUCAACGUUUUCUCGCUCAUAACGGAGAAAUCAACACUUUGAAAGGCAACAUCAACAACAUGAGAGCGAGAGAGGGAAUCAUGUCAUGUGAAUAUUACAAAGAAAAUCUACAAAAGCUGUUUCCAGUUGUGGAACCAGGGAUGUCAGACUCGGGCUGUGUCGAUAAUGCAGUGGAAUUUUUGGUCAUGGCUGGAAAGAGAUCAUUACCAGAGGCGAUUAUGACAAUGGUGCCUGAGGCGUGGCAGAAUGACGAGACGAUGUCGAAGGAGAAACGAGAUUACUACAAGUGGAGUUCCUGUGCCAUGGAGCCUUGGGAUGGACCAGCAUUAUUCACGUUCUCUGAUGGUCGUUAUGUCGGAGCUGUUCUUGAUCGUAAUGGACUCCGACCAUCUCGUUAUUACAUCACCACAGACGGUAGAAUGAUAAUGGCCAGUGAAGUAGGCGUCUCAUCUGUCCCCGAGGAGAAAGUCCAAUUUAAGGGUCGUCUUAUGCCAGGCCGUCUGCUGUUAGUGGACACUCAUCGUGGAGAGGUGAUCAAGGAUGAGGAAUUGAAACACUCUAUUUCGACGAUGCGUCCCGUCGAUGACUGGUUGAACACUGGAUUGAUAUCGCUCAAAGACAUACACUUUGCUUACAACAAGGUGAAGGGGUUGCCAGAGGAAACCGUUUCUGUCACAAAGAGCAACUGCUUGGAGAUUUCGGUUCAUCACGAUCGUCGCCUGCCGAUGUUUGGUUAUUCUGUUGAAGAUAUUAGUAUGCUGGUCCUCCCUAUGAUUCGAAACAGGAAAGAAGCAAUUGGUUCUAUGGGCAAUGACACCCCGUUAGCUUGCCUUACAAUGCAUCCACAGUUGGUGUUUGACUAUUUUAAACAACUAUUUGCUCAGGUUACCAACCCUCCCAUUGAUCCGUUCAGAGAAACCAUUGUGAUAUCACUGGCCUGCCCAAUUGGUCCAGCCAGCAACUUGCUAGACCCAGGCCUCAAGCAGUGUGAACGUUUAUACCUCGACCAUCCAAUCAUUUCCUGCGGUGAUUUGGAGGCAAUCAAGGAAUGCAACUUACCAAAGUGGAAGGUUCACGUCAUUGAGACAGUCUAUGAUGUCAGACAAGGAGAAAAUGGCCUCGUUCCAGCUUUGGACAAUUUUUGUGAACAGGCAACUCAAGCAAUUCAGAACAACUGCGCGUUUGUCAUUCUGUCUGAUCGUCUUGCAAGCAAAGAUUAUGUACCUGUCAGUUCACUCCUUGCUCUUGGUGCUGUUCAUCAUCAUCUUCUUAAGACCAAACAACGGCCAAGAAUCAGCAUCAUUGUUGAAACAGCCGAAGCAAGGCAGAUUCAUCAUUUCUGUCUGUUGCUUGGUUACGGUGCUGACGCCAUCUGUCCAUAUCUUGUAUUUGAAGUUGUACAGAUCCUAAGACAAGAGGGUUUGCUGGAUCCGCCAUUGACCGACCAGGAAGUGUACAAAAAUCUUCAAGCAGCAUCAUUCAUAGGAAUUUCGAAAGUCAUGGCGAAAAUGGGAAUUUCCACUUUGCAAAGUUACAAGGCUGCUCAAAUAUUUGAAGCAGUUGGCCUUCACGAGAAGGUCAUCGAGAAAUGCUUCACUGGGACAGCGUCGAGAAUUUCUGGUGUAACGUUCAAAGUUUUAGCACAAGAGGCCCUGAAUCGUCACAGAAUCGCGUUUUCCGAUCGCGAUGGAGAUAAUGUGCUGGUUAACAAUUGGGGUGAAUAUCACUGGAGAGAUGGGGGGGAGAAACACAUCAACGACCCCCGAAGCAUUGGAUUACUUCAGGAGGCAUCCAGAGGAAACAAUACGAAAACAUUCAAAAAGUUUGUUGAAUCAACAUGGCGAAUGGUGAAAGCUUGCACUUUGAGAGGUCAAAUGGAGUUCACGUUUGCGGAUAAACCACUGGAUUUAGCUGAAGUUGAAUCAGCCUCGUCUAUUGUGAAGAGAUUUUGUACAGGUGCUAUGAGUUUUGGAUCGAUCUCAAUUGAGACACACGAAACACUGGCUAUCGCAAUGAACAGGAUGGGAGGUAAGAGCAAUACUGGUGAAGGUGGAGAAAAGCCGACGCGCUUGAUGAUUACUGAUGAACAAAACAACACAAGAUCUGCGAUCAAACAGAUUGCAUCUGGUAGAUUCGGAGUGAACAGCGCUUAUCUGGCCCAUGCAGACGAUCUUCAGAUAAAAAUGGCGCAGGGAGCAAAGCCCGGUGAAGGUGGCGAACUUCCGGGUCACAAGGUCACACCAGAGAUUGCAAAAACGCGACUAUCAACCUUGGGCGUGGCAUUGAUCAGUCCUCCACCACAUCAUGAUAUUUACUCCAUUGAAGAUCUUGCUGAGUUGAUUUUCAAUCUGAAAUGCUCCAAUCCCAAGUCAAGAAUUAGCGUUAAGCUGGUGUCAGAGGUCGGUGUUGGUGUAAUUGCCGCUGGUGUGGCUAAGGGUCACGCCGAGCACAUCGUCAUUUCCGGCCACGACGGGGGGACUGGUGCUAGUUCGUGGACCGGCAUCAAACACGCCGGACUGCCGUGGGAACUGGGUCUGAGUGAAACACAUCAGACUUUGGUUUUGAAUAAUUUGCGGCGAAGAGUUGUCUUGCAAACAGACGGACAAUUGAGAACAGGUCGUGAUGUGAUCAUUGCUGCCUUGCUUGGGGCGGACGAGUUUGGCUUUUCCACCGCCCCAUUGAUCAGCCUUGGCUGUACCAUGAUGAGAAAAUGUCAUCUCAAUACGUGCCCCGUUGGCAUAGCAACACAGGAUCCUAUUUUGCGAAAGAAAUUUGAUGGAAAACCAGAAUACGUCAUCAACUAUUUCUUCAUGAUCGCUGAAGAGGUACGCGAAUACAUGGCUAAGCUGGGUUUUAAAACAAUGAAGGAAAUGAUCGGACAGACACAAUGCAUCAAGAAUUCUGAAGAUCCUUUAAACGAAAAAACUAAGCUUCUUGACUUCGGAAAGAUUCUGCUCCCAGCUCAUUCUUUGAGCGAAGGUGAACAUUUUGGUGGAACUGAGGGACAAGAGUUUGGAUUGGAAGAUAGAAUGGAGGAUGAACUUAUCGCAGCCGUUCACGAUGUUCUUGAAGGGAAGCGAAAAAACGUUCUCAUUGAAUUCAAUAUCGGAAAUCAAGACCGAAGUUUUGGGACAACAACAAGCUAUCACAUAUCCAGAAAACUUCUGGACAAAGGCCUACCUGAAGACACGGUUUUCGUGAAACUUAAAGGGUCUGCAGGUCAAAGUUUCGGGGCGUUCGUUUGUCGUGGUAUCACUUUAGAAUUGGAAGGUGAUGCCAAUGAUUAUGUCGGAAAGGGUCUUUCUGGCGGGAAGAUAAUAUUAUACCCCAGUAAGAAUUUGCCCCAGAGUUUCAAAGCUGAAGACAAUAUCAUUGCUGGGAAUGUCUGUCUCUAUGGCGCCACGUCUGGGAAGGCAUAUUUUCGUGGAGUGACUGCCGAACGCUUUUGUGUUCGAAAUUCAGGCGCCAUUGCUGUAUGCGAGGGGUGUGGUGACCAUGGUUGUGAAUACAUGACGGGGGGAACGGUCGUUAUUUUGGGACCGACUGGAAGAAAUUUUGCUGCCGGAAUGUCGGGAGGGAUUGCUUACAUUUUUGACCGGUCUGGUAAAUUCCCGAGUCUUUGCAACACACAAAAGGUUGAUCUUGAUCCAUUACAAGAUGAAGAUUAUACAUCACUAAAACACAUCAUUCAGGAUCACUUUCAUUACACGCAAUCUACCGUGGCGAAGACCUUGUUAGAUAACUGGAGUGAGGCUGUUAAACUCUUCAUCAAGGUUAUUCCUCGAGAAUAUAAACUAGCAUUGAAACAGCAAGAAAACGAGGAGAUCUUGAGCGAAAACUCUUCGUCUCAAAAUGGCGAUGAAAAGAUGGAUGGUAAUUUUUACGAGGAAGUGCCGUUAAGAAAGGAUUCGGUGAACGACAUUGCUGAUAUUGAAGAAGCUGUUCCGAAUGACAGUGAUGAGAAGAGCAUUGAUAAACAAAGAGGUUUUGUGCGAUACAAAAGACGCGCGAAUGCUUACAGACCAGCUAAGAAACGAUUGAAGGACUGGAACGAGAUCUAUAAUCAUCCCAAACAGAAGGAACUGAAGGUGCAAGCUGCAAGAUGCAUGGAUUGUGGUGUUCCUUUCUGUCAGUCAAAAACUGGCUGUCCUUUGGGUAAUGUCAUUCCGAAAUGGAAUGAUCUUGUUUUUCACGGUCAAUGGCAAGACGCUUUAGACAGAUUACUGCAGACGAAUAACUUCCCAGAAUUCACCGGGAGAGUUUGCCCCGCGCCAUGCGAGGGUGCCUGUGUGCUGAGUAUCAAUUCACAGCCUGUUACGAUCAAAAGUAUCGAAUGUCAAAUCAUUGAUGUUGCUUUUGAAAAAGGAUGGAUGAAACCUCAGCCGCCUCAAAUGAGAACAAACAAAACGGUUGCUAUCAUUGGAAGUGGUCCUGCCGGGCUAGCAGCUGCCGCUCAACUCAACAAGGCUGGUCACCUUGUCACGGUUUACGAAAAGAACGAAAAAUGUGGCGGAUUAUUGAUGUAUGGAAUUCCUUCAAUGAAAAUUGAGAAAGAGGUCGUUCAAAGACGUAUCAAUCUUCUGGCUGAAGAAGGGAUAGGAUUCGUCCCAAAUACCGAAAUCGGAGUCGAUCUUUCCGGCCAGCAGCUGCUCGCGUCAUAUGACGCCAUCCUCUUAGCGAUUGGUUCAACCGUUCCACGUGACCUCCAGAUUCCUGGUCGAGAACUUAAGGGCAUACAGUUCGCUAUGGAUUUUCUGGAAAAAAAUCAAAAGAAACAGCUUGGUCCUUACAGUGGUGACGUCACAGACGCACGUGAUAAGAACGUGAUCAUCAUUGGUGGAGGCGACACAGGUGUAGACUGUGUGGCCACCUGUGUCCGACAGAAUGCAAGAACGAUAACGACUUUCGAAUUGCUGAGCGAACCACCUAAGAAUAGAAAAGACGCAAAUCCAUGGCCUCAAUGGCCGCGCGUGUUCAGAAUUGAAUAUGGACACGAAGAGGUUGCAAUCAAAUACGGCAAAGAUCCUCGGCAUUAUAACACCCUGAGCAAGGAAUUUAUCAGUGACGAGAAAGGAAACGUCACCGGCAUAAGAACAGUGAGAGUGGAAUGGGUCAAGGACAUCUCAGGCCGCUGGGCAAUGGCAGAAAUACCAAAUUCUGAACAUAUUUUCAAAGCAGAUCUGGUGAUCAUCGCCCUAGGGUUCACCGGACCCGGAAAAACUUUGGCUAAAGAACUCGGCCUGAAAAUGGAUAUCAGAUCAAAUUUUGCAACCGAAAGGAAUAAUUUUAACACCAACGUCCCGAAGAUUUUCGCCGCUGGAGACUGCAGAUAUGGCCAGUCCUUGGUCGUGACUGCGAUAGCCGAAGGCAGACAGGCCGCGAGACAAAUUGAUUUGCAGCUCAUGGGAACGACCUCAUUGGCUGGACCAGGUGGAGUAAUUGUCAAUCACGAAUCACGUGUCAACAUAAGGUCAGAGUAACUGUUCAAUUCCUCCUCAAUGGAGCUGUUUAUAAAUCAUGUCUAACGGACAAUGUUCAAUCAACUAGACUGGCUGUCAGCUCUAGUGAGGAAAAUGGGGAAGAUAUCUCUAUAUUCGGGGGUUUUUUUCACUAGUCUUAUCUCCACAUUUACCAUAUUUGUCUGAGAUUUGAACCGUAAAUAGCUAUAGAUAAACAAUACUUCGAUACGUAUGAUAAGGUUGUUUACACUUGAAAUUUUCGCUUUUGAUUUUUGGCGCCAUUUUCUUCGUUUGAUAGAUGUGAUUUAAUGGGUAAGUUACAGAUGUUUCAAUUUAGGGCAUUUUUACAUCAGAACAUUUAUAACUAUCCGCUCAUUCACAUCUAUCAAAAGAAGACAAACUCAACAAAAAUCAAAGUAAAAAUUGCAAGUGAAAACAGGCCUAUAGUGAUCUUGUAAUGAUUGGGAAAAAUUAUCGAGAAAUUAUGAAAUCGAAAAAAUUAGAAGAUAUUGGUCAGUAUAAUAUUUGACCAAGUUGGUCAUAACUUUUAGUUGUAAAAGGGCCUAUUUAAAUUCCUAGUCAAUAUUCGGAUUUUUGAACUAUUUUGGGAAGGCAAGAACACUGCUUAUUUUAGCUCCCCCUCUGUAAGGAUAUAUCAAAUUUGUAUUUUGUCAUUAUACUGAUUAUUGUGGGAAUUAUU